UUGGUUUAAGUAGCAACAUUUGUUCACUAGAAAUUUUCAGAACAAUUCUUUCUUCACACAGGAAAGGGUUAUUUCUUAUUUUCUGCUUUUUACAACGUGCCUGUUCCAAAGAAUCCAGCUUUCACCAUCAUCUUUUAAAAGCAAGCAACUUUGUAAAUUGGGAAGAGGAAGAUGGACAGUUCUUCUGAGGUGCCAGAUUAUGGGCUAACCACAACUUUCAACUACGAUGAUAUACCAGCCCCAGUCCAAAAAACUGCUGUCAAAACAUUCACUUCUCAAUUUGUGCCACCGCUUUACUCUUUGGUGUUCAUCUUUGGCCUGCUGGGCAAUGCACUGGUUGUGCUGAUCCUCAUCAGAUACAAGAAGCUCAAGAGCAUGACUGAUAUCUACCUCCUCAAUUUAGCAAUCUCUGACUUGCUUUUCAUCUUCUCACUUCCAUUUUGGGCUUAUUAUGCAGCGCAUGAGUGGAUAUUUGGAGAUGCAAUGUGCAAAAUUCUCUCUGGGAUCUAUUGUGCAGGAUUCUACAGUGGAAGUUUUUUUAUCAUCCUUUUGACUAUCGAUAGAUACCUGGCAAUUGUCCAUGCAGUGUUUUCAUUAAAAGCCAGGACGAUUGCCUAUGGUACCCUCACAAGUGUCAUCACUUGGGUCGUGGCAUUCUUAGCCUCUGUACCAGCAUUUACAUUUCACCAUGUCCAAAAGCAAGUUGAGAGCAACAAAUGUACCAUUCAUUAUCCCUCAAGAAAUGGACAUGGAUGGAAGCAGUUUUUAACUUUACUAAUGGUCAUUUUGGGCCUUGCCAUUCCCUCAGUCAUUAUUGUCUUCUGUUACAUGCAGAUUAUAAAGAUUUUGAUUAAGGGCAGAAAUGAGAGAAAGCUGAAGGCUGUCAAGCUUAUUUCUGUAAUCAUGAUUGUUUAUUUCCUCUUAUGGAUGCCAUACAACAUCACCCUUUUGGUGCAGACCUAUCAAGAUUCAUUUUUUUCCUGUGAUUUUGACAAUGACUGUGAGGGCAAGUUAACUUUAGCAAUCGAAGUGACAGAAAUAAUUGCUAUGAUCCACUGUUGCAUCAACCCUGUGAUCUAUGCGUUUGUGGGGGAAAAAUUUAGGAAAUAUCUCUCAGACUUUUCCAAGAAGUAUGUGGUAGCUCAUUUCUGUAGGCUCUGUCCAGGCCGUGAUCACCCUAAUUUAGAACGGUCUACUUCCUCCUACAUGAGUACCACAGAACAGGACAUUUCUAUGGGUUUGUGAAUUGAUAUUCAGUUAUGUGUGUGUCUGUGUUUGUGUACCUUCUCUUCCCACUUUAAUUGGUGUGACUGAGAGGUAUGUCAGACUGCUAAGAGGGAGGAGAAAGCAAGGAAUGAAGCUGGGAUCUGCACAUAAAGCACUGCUGGCCUCAAUGGAACUUACUCCCAGUUAACUCUGUGUACAAUUACUGUCAUGCUGUUCCUAAUAAAUUGGAUAUUAUACAAUCUUGGGA